CCUGUCGCAUCUGAACCAUCUGGAGAUGACGACACUCCUGUCGCAUCUGAACCAUCUGGAGAUGACGACACUCCUGUCGCAUCUGAACCAUCUGGAGAUGAUUCCGAUAGUGAUUAUGAAGCCGAAUCUGAUCCAGAAGGUAGUAGCAGUGAUGAGGCUGAUUUCAUUCCAUUUCGGUUUGUACGUGGACGUCAAAGUAACUCUGUGGCAGUUUCUGUCAGUGAUAAUAAGGAGAGUGAAGCCAUGCCUGUUGACCAUUCAGUACCUAAUACCUCACCUGCCCAUGCCUCUGCAAGUGUUCAAAGUGCAAAAGUCUCAAGCUCCAGUUGCAGUAUUAAUGUGAUGACCACUUCAAACAACAACUGUAGAAAGUGGGACAAACCUCAGUACUGUAAAUUUUGUAGUCAACCACAAAAGAAACUGCCGAGGCAUCUGCUUACACCACAACAUGUCAACGAGACUGAGGUUCAGCAAUGGAUUGCAACUAAAGACAUGAAAGAAAAGGCAAACUUGCUAGCUAAAAUGAGAAAUUACGGAAACUAUCGUCACAAUGUCAAAGUCCUUCAAGAAAAUAAAGGUACCUUGAUUGUUGCAUACAGACCGAAAUAUGAUGUGGAUCCAGAAGAAUAUUUGCCAUGUAGUCAUUGUUAUGCUUUCUAUUCCAAGGAUGAUUUGUACAGGCAUGUUCAUAGAUGUAAAUUGCGACCAGAUGUUGAGGAUGAGGAUGAGACCUGUGAACCACCCAAGAAGAAAAAAAGAACCUUACAUGUUCAAACUGGUAGAAUGAUGCUUCCAGGCCCAUCAGGAGUAAGCCCAAAGGUGCACAUGAUAUUAUCAAUGGGAGUCGAUGAUGAUAUAUUGAGAGUUGUGAAAUCAGAUAGAUUAAUGCAGCAAGUAGCAGAGAGGCUGACAUUGAAGCAUGGGCAUGACAAAGACCAGUAUUCAUAUAUACGGCAAAAAUUGCGUGAACUUGCACGACUGGUUCGUGAGUACAGAAAAUUGAAUGAUCACCCAUCGGCUUCAUUAGUAGAUUUGAUUUGUCCUACCAAAUUUAAUGAGGUCAUAGCUGCAACUAGGAAGGCUGCAGGAUUUAAUGAGGAUACACAUUUGUACACAACACCUAGCCUGGCACUGAAAGUCGGAUAUACACUGGUGACGGCUGCCAAAGUCCUUAUGGGAAAUGCUCUGUUGCAAGCAGAUGCUGGUUUGGAAAAGAAAUGCAAACAGUUCAUCAAAUCAUAUACUCUCAAGUGGGAAGCAGAAGUAAGCACACAUGCACUGCGUACAUUAAAAGUAAACAAGAGAAAUACAUCAAGGCUGCUUCCUUUGACAACAGAUGUUGUUGCACUGUCCAAUUAUGUGAGAAAAGAAACAAAAGAGGGAAAACAGAAGCUGAACAGCUGCAGUAGUGAUGAGACCCUUGACAGAUGGAAACAGUUGGCUGAGGUUACCCUGACCCAGGUGUGUGUUUUCAACAGGAAGCGUCCGGGAGAAGUUUCAAAGAUGCCCCUCAGUGAUUACAAGUGUAUCACAAAAGGAGAAGGUGGAAUAUUUGGUGAAGGCCUAACCAAAUGGGAAAAGGCGUUGUGCAAUGUGGUAUGGAGGGUGGAGAUUAAUGGGAAAUGCAAUAACACUGUACCCGUUUUGCUAACAGAUGACAUGAAAGGCAGCAUUGACUUGUUGAUGGAGAAAAGGUCACAAGUAGUCAAUGAUGGAAAUCCCUACUUGUUUGCAAACCCCGAUGGAAGAGGCCACUUGAGAGCAACUGAUACAGUGCGAAAUCAUGCCCAAAAGUGUGGAGCAAAGUAUCCAGAUCAGCUUAGAUUGACAAAACUCAGGAAGCACAUUGCUAUCAGCUCUCAGAUCAUGAAUUUGAAGGAUAAUGAAGUGGACAUUUUAGCCACCUUCAUGGGCCAUGACAUAAGAACCCACAGAGCCUACUACCGCCUGCCAGAUGCGUCACUGCAAGUAGCAAAGAUUUCUAAAGUACUCUUCAGCAUGGAGAAGGGAGACCUAAAGGCAAUGGCAGGAAAGACGUUGGAUGAUGUUCGUGUAGAUGCAGAUGAAGAAUGCAACAUAGAUCCAGAUGUUGAUGAUGAUCCUGACAACGAAGUGAACAGGCCCGAUGAUGCUGUUUUGAUGGAUGAGAUGUCAGACAAAGAAAAUGAAGGUAUGAGCAUGCCGCAGCAAAGCAGAAAGAAGAGUGACCAAGUUGCAAACAAGGAAAGUGACCGUGGUGCCAGCAGAAAGAAAAGGAGUAUCAGACAAUCUUGGACAGCUGAAGAAAAACAAGCAAUACACAGACACUUUAAAGAAGAACUACGCUCACGCCAACUGCCCGGUAAAGAAAAAAUAAUGAAGUACUGCAAGAUGGAUGCAGACCUGAAGGGUCGUACUAAAAGGUGGACAACAGUCAAAGAUUUCAUUAGAAACCAAAUUAGAAAGACAAAUCCACUGGAUUUUUAGUGAAUUUUCAACCUGUUAUGAGUGAAAUUAAUCAUGUUCAUCACACUCCGCAAUUUUGGAUGAAAUCUUUUCAGGUACUGACAUGCGUAAAAUGUGGUUGCUUCUUAUUCAUAUAACCCACUUACUGGUUUCCUUGAUGAAGGGCUGUGCUUUGGAAGAGGUGCACCUUUAUAUAGGUUAACAGUUAACUCCAUGGCCAGGAAGCAUACUGUGUGUAAAGCAGUGUAUGGUUCUGCAAGUCAAAUGGGAACUUAAUAGGAAAAACUUAAUUACCUGCCCAGUUGGUCAGGGCCAGGGAGUAGACUUGUGUCUAACAGUAUGUAUACUGUAUAGAAGAUUGUAAGGCAAAUGGGAACUUUUGUGCUAAAGUUGUUUGAUAAGCCCCAGUUUGCCAGGUUAACGUUUUGCAGUUUAAAUGAUGACUUACAGGUCAAUUUUAUCAGCUCCCAUAUCACCAGAUGGUCAACGUCAGUGAGCAUCACAUGUGUAACAAUGUGCAUAAAGGUUUACAGGUCAAACUCCAACUUUGCUCACUUCCCCUAGAUUAGGUUCAUGGUUGAUAGGACUCGUGAUAGGACUAGAUGUAUAAUGUUUUCCAUAUCAACUGGGAAUUAAGAGCCAACUGUGAUCAGGUCCUCAGUUGGCUUAGACCAUGACAAGGAAGCAUCCACAUGUGUACUAUGUAAAAUAAAGUUUGCAGGUCAAAUAGGGACUUUAGGCCAACUUUGCUUGGCUCCCCAGUUAAAUAGGCCAGUAUGUAAUGUUUUGCAAUCAACUAGUGACUUAUGGGCAAUUUUGAUCAGGUCCUCAGUUGGCUUGGGUCCGAUUACCAGGAAGCAUCCGCAUGUGUACAUUGUGUGAAAGUUAAGUUUGUAGGUCAAAUGGGCACUUUUGGUCAACUUUACUUGGCUCACCAGUUGAUCAGGGCCAUGAUGACUCGUCAAAGGACCGCUAUGUAUAAUGUUUGGAUUUAAGAGCCAACUGUGAUGAUCGAGGUCCUCAGUUGGCUAGUUCCAGCUGAUGAGGAAGCAUCCACAUUGUGUAAACUAAAGUUUGCACGUCAAAUGGGGACUUAUGGCUAACUUGACUCGUCAAAGGCCCGCUACUUGCAAAAUUUAGAUUUUUAAGUACAUUGCAGAUCAAAUGGGACAUAGCUACCACCUUUGAUCCUCAAUUAGUCAAGGCCAGGUGAAGUCCCAUGAAAUUGAAAAUUGUGUAAAAAGUAACAUGUCUAAUUUUGAUUUAUGAGACAACUUGGUUAGCAGUUGGGUUUUGACUGUUGGUCAAUUACCAUGGACCUUUGGCCUUUAUUAGACUUUAUAAUAUCUCACCACUCUUGUCCAAUUUCAUCUAAGUUUGGACCCUUUUUUUCAAAAAAAUCAUCAAAAAGUAGACCAUUUGCCCCUUUUGUGAAAUUAAUCAGGUCCUCGCACUCAGCUAUUGGGUAGGGCCAGAUAACCAUUAAAGCAUAAUCAUGUGUUCAAUGUGUUUCUAUUAAGUUAUGUCUGCAGAUCAAAUGGGACUUUGUACCAUCUAUGAUCAGAU